AUGUCGUCAAAACGAUUUCACUUCGUUAACCCCUGGAACUCCCUGCCGUCCGGUGAUGAGGGCUCUAGCAGCACAGCAAGGGCCUUUGUUAUGCGGAAGGUCCGUAAUCAGAAGCCAUGGUCAACCAAAACCCUGAAGUUGGUCGACCGCAGACGGAGCGGCUUUGGCAAGCAGGGCGCUAGGGCGUCCGAUGCCGCAACUGUCCAACUCGGGACAGAUCAGCUUGGCAGAGAGGUCGCAGAAGCGCUACGUGAACCCCGUAACAAUGACACGGGGAAGUGUAUGCUGUGCGACCAGCCUCAUCGCACGCGUGGUGCUGUCAGCAUACCAGCAACCGCCAAGGGACUGUGUAUGAUGUGCCAGAUAGGCACAGGGUGUGCAAUGUCGUUCGUGUCACGUUCAAUCUCAGGAAUGGAUCCAUUCAACAGCUUCGCGGUGAACCUGGAUACCAGAACCUGCGUUCUUCUCUCCUAUUUUAAAACCGUCAUUGCGCCCCAGAUUACCCCUAUAGCGGCUAUACUGCAACCUAACGUGGUUCAGCUUCAAUGGUUAGCUCCAUCGUUUGCUCAUGCUGCCUUCAUGCACGCCAUACUGUGCCUUACAGCAGUGCAACUUAGUAUAUUGCGGCCGAACUCUCCUGAAUAUAUAUUGCUGGCCAUAUUUCACCGAGUUCGGGCUGUCGUCGCAAUACAGCAGAAUCUUGAGGAUCCGCUGGCUGCUCUUAGCGACAAUAACCUUGCCGCUGUGUUCAAUCUUUUAUGCGUCGAAGAAAACUUGCUGCUUCCAUCCUUCGCACAUCUUGCUGGCACACACCUGCGGCCUGACGAGACCGCAAUGCGAUCUCAUAUGCGUGGCCUUCGAGACAUGAUCGGGUUACGCGGAGGAUUAGGCUCGAUGAGCAAUGCCAAGACUUUGAGAUCCUUCUUACUGCGACAUUCCGCGGUCCAAGGGGUUGCGUCAUUCGAAACACCCUACUUGCUGCCAAACGGUCUACUGGGCCGACUCUACAACUAUCCUGCAUCAUCUCAGUUCUAUAUCGUGGCCUUUCCACUAUCAUCCACAUGCCGCAGGCUGGGCUUUGAUGUGGAAUUGGUUGAUAUCAUAAAAAGUGCGGAGUGCUUAAACCAGGAUAUUGAAGCCUGGAUAACGUCGCCUGUCAGCUAUGGCUGGGACGCCCUCGACCUACAAGACCUCUUUUCCAUCAUGAUCGAUAGCUGUGUCCGGUGGAUCCUGGGAAACGAGUCAACUGCCAACUCGGUCGAGUGCAUUGUGUGCCUUUGCCUGCUGACUUACCUCGCUCUUCUUUGCCGGAAUAAACAGGCAGUUUCGCCGCCCUUACCCAUCGUCCUCACGACAAUGCGUCGACAUAUUCACAACUCAGCCGCAUGGAACAUGCUACGCUCUAUGCGACUCGAUACCUGGGUUGCAAUCCUAUCCGUCCUGGCGUCUGAAGGCCAACGAGAGUUUGCCGAUCUGUUUUUCCAAGUCUACUUAAGCAGCCUGGCAAGCCACGACCGUGUACUCCGCACAUUCGACGACUUCAGGGAGUCUCUGUCAGCUGGAAUAUGGAAGUCUGAGCCGAUGGACAGAUACGCCCGGGAGGUGUGGGUUGACACUCCAGCUGAGUGGACGGGGCUCGAGGCACACUUCCGGAGCGCAACGGGGCGACGAAAAGUGAGACCUCCAGGUAAAUCCAAUGUGUCUUCGGUGUUGAAUCCAUACACCAAUGCGCACCCCAGCGUUGUUGUCUCAGUUGAGGGCUCCGCAUAUAAUCUCUGA